AUGCUGCACAAGGAUCAACGUAAGCAAUUCGAGUUGACUCUCCAAACAUGUGACACUGAAUUCCAAAAGAAACUGCAGAGACAACGACAAGAGGAAGAUGAAGUUCUUGCUAUUCACCAACAGGAAGCAUUCAACCGUCUACAAGAGAAACAAGCCGCUGCACUGCGUGAAUUGGACGAACAAUUUGCACAACAGCGUAAUAAAUUUGAACAGGAGUAUCAAUUUGGCGAAGAGGAGAUUUUGAUUGACCAAUACAAAGAGAAGCGACACUUGUUGAAACAACAACACAAUGAACAAAAACAGAUCUACCAAGAGCAAAUCCAACAGCAAUCUCGUUUACAACUCGAACAAUUCAAGGAGUCGCCAUCGCUGCUCCAAGAACACCACACCAAGCAGAAAGAGGUACUCGAAGAGCAAAACAAGGAGCGUCUCUCCCUGCAGCAAGAGGAGCACAGAAUCCAACAAGACUCUCUAAAGAAACAGGAGCAAAAGAAGAAAGGUGGUGUAGUCACCGAUCUUCCAUCGACUCUGGCCGCCAUGCAACAGGAGCAAUCGAAUCAACUCCAGAUUCUCUCUCAACAACUUCAAAACGAAAUCGCAGCUAUGCACGAACGUCACCAGAAGGAAACAAGCGCACUUGCCACCGAUCAACAGAAGCAACAGGAACAGCUCGUCGUCGACCAGCAGAAACUCCUUCACGAUCUCACUGAAGAACAAAAGAAGCAGACACAAAAAGUCAAGUCUGAGUGUCCUUCUUUCAAAGACAACGGUCAACACAAAAAGAAGACUGGCGUCCCACUUUCAAUUCCAGCCAAGUUUAUCAGUGGCAACGGCAAAGACAGUGGCAGUACACCAAGCAACAACAUCAAACACAGCAGAUCAUUUUCAACUUCAUUACCAUCAUUCAAAUUUGAUACAAACAACGGCAACAGCAGUCUACUCUCCAAUAGCGGUGGCCACGAGAAAACUCACAGCCACAACCUUAGUAGCAGUAACCUGGCUCACGAACAAUAG